UACGUGCAGAUUUUCCUGUUUCGUAAAUAAUUAGACAUUACCCAAUAUUUCAUCGAUGUUCAUGUGCUUUUGAAAUUUACAAAAUUUGAAAGAUGUGUAGUGUACAAGAUGGUGAUGUCCCCAUGAAACGACCAGAAAAAGACGCAUGUUUAGGCAGACUAUGUAUGAAAUGUAAAGAAGUGCAAGCUGUUCUUGUUACACGUGUGAAUGAUGCAUUCUGCAAGGAUUGUUUCCAAGUAUACGUAACCCACAAAUUCCGAGCUGCUAUUGGUAAGACGAAGCUGGUGCGAGACGGAGAACAUGUUCUGGUUGCUUACUCAGGUGGACCGUCAUCAAGUGCCUUGCUAUGUCUUAUACAGGAGGGCCUCAGUCAGAGGGCACACAAGAAGCUGAGAUUUCGACCUGGAGUUCUGUUUAUAGAUGAGGGAGCCACUAUAGGACUGACUGGUGAGGAGAGAUUGGCGAUUUGUGAGAAAAUUCAUUCAAUUAUGAAGAAUACUGGUUUCACCUGUUAUAUCAAAUCUCUAGAAGAGGGAUUUACAUUAACACCAGACAAUGAGGAGAAGACUUCAGACAGUUCAACCACAGUUAAUCCAUGUAAUGGUUCCAGUCCAGCAUUCAGGGAUGGUGAAAGUAUAGAGACAGAAGAGGUACAAUGGAAAUAUGAGAUAAAUCAAGAUUUGGAGCGUAGACUGAAGGAAACCCUUAAUAAUAUGAAGUCUGUGUCAGCAAAAGAAGAUUUUAUACGCUCACUCAGGAAUAUGAUAUUGCUAGAUGUAGCAAGGAAUUGUGGGUAUUCCAAGGUGAUGUUAGGAAGCUGUGGUACCCAGCUUGCUGUGAGGUUACUUACAGAUAUCUCUACAGGAAGAGGGGCACAUGCUGCUAUGGUAGCGGCAUUCGCUGACAGAAGGCAUGAUGAUGUCAUGUUUCUCAGGCCCAUGAGGGAUUUUAGCUCAAAAGAGGCAGCAAUUUACAAUUCUUUCCACAAUGUGGAAUCUGUCUUUAUUCCAUCAUUAACAACAAAGGCACAGACAGGUGUGAGUAUAGAACAUUUGACAGAGAGCUUUGUGACAGGUCUGCAGGCAGACUACCCAUCUACUGUGAGCAAUAUAAUGAGAACGGGAGAGAAAUUAGAUUCUAGUGUAGAGAAGAAGGCUGAUAAAUACUGUACCAUGUGUAAGGUGAGAUACCAUAUUUUACCUUCUGCUUUGAUUGCCAAGUAUUUUGAUGUUUUUGCUCUGUUGUAUCGCGGUCCAUUAGACACAAAAAGUGUUGGAGCAUCCUCUGCACUGUCGGCUGUUGAAUUUUCCCAGAAAAUAUCAUGUGGAAGUGUUAAUAAGGGAGACAACUCUGCCAAAACUGGUUUAAAGUUUUGGAGAAGGGGAUGGGGGUUGUCAUCAAAAAUCCUAAAUAGAGAUGAAGUAAAGUCAAAUUUGUGUUAUGGAUGUCGACUUAUAGUCAGAGACAUGGAAGAUGUGAAUAAAUUACCCGAGUAUGUCCUGAAGGAUGUAGCAUGGAGAAAUAGACGAUCAAAUAUGAAGAAAGAAAUAGAGGGGUUCCUUCUAGAAGAUGUAUGACAGGAAAUACAGUGGAGAUGAUGAUUAAUAUAAAAUGACAAUGUAUUAGAAUUUGUGAAAAAUAAAAUAUUAAAUCUGUUGA